AUGAGUAACACACGUUUCCUUGAUACACUAAGAAAGUAUGAUUUGCAACAGUAUUAUCCCAGUCUUUAUUCUCAAGGCAUGUCGACUUUGAACGUUUUGGCAGAGCUAUCGAUGCAGGAUUGUACUCGACUUGGCGUACGUUCGAUCGAUGACAAGCGUAGAUUUAUGGCCUUGGCUGACGACGUUAAGCGACAACUGCAAAGCAAAGCAACCGUAUCACAGCAUGCUCCUAUCAAACGAUCUUCAGCAACGACUCCUCCACAUACAUCGGUUGCAAGGAAACGACAACAUGUUAUUCCCGCAUCAUCGUUGCCUUCAGAGAAACAAGCUCGACGUAUGACCAUUGCACCACAAACCGUUCAACGAGCCAACAUCACACGUGCUGGUAUCGCAUCAUCUAUAACAGCCGUCAAUAAUAGCAAUGCAUCCUCCACUACAACUACUACAACUACUACCAAUGCACGCAACAAUCGACGUUUAUCCUAUCUUCCUCGUCAACAUCGAUCUCCAAUCCGUCAACCACAACACCGAUCUCCUAUUCGCAAACCAAACACGGCAUCAUCAUCCUCAGCUCAUAGCCCUAUACGUAAAUCAACCACAACAGUAGCAGCUUCGUUACCCCAUAGUCCCAUUCGUCGACCAAUAACAUCAUCCUCUGGAUCCAGUCCCUUACGACCCACUACCAACAGCAAAACACCACCCAAAUUGCCAAAGUUUAUGGAAGAAACAGGUGUGGAAGUGAAGCCAGCUGAAGAACCUGUUCAAGUUCAAAAGCAGCCGACACGUUAUUUGGAUGCAUAUGGUAUCCCAGUCAACGCACCACCUAGGCAACGGCGACUUAGCAACGACGGCCUACCUGGAUCAUCAUCUGCUACUGGCACUUCAAUCAUGUCAUUUGAAGAAUAUAUUCGUGCACGUGCAAAUAAGACGACCAUCCAAGCUUCAAGCGGCGCAAAUAAUGGCAACAGUGAUCUGCAUCAACGUAUACGUGUUUGUGUCAGGAAACGCCCCCUCAGCAAAAAGGAAAUCAAUCAUGGCGAAAUGGAUGUUGCGCCCGUUGUCAGUGCAAGAACGAUCCAAAUCAAUGCUCCCAGGACACGUGUGGAUCUCACUCGAUUUACGGAGCAGCACUCAUUUACAUUUGAUGACGUCUUUGAUAGCAGCACUACCAACAUUGAUAUCUAUCGGCGAACAGCCUAUCCAUUGGUGGAAUAUAUGUUUGGUGGUGGGAAAGCAACAUGUUUUGCAUAUGGUCAAACUGGUAGUGGCAAGACGUAUACCAUGUUGGAUCCCAAACACGGUCUCUAUGUACAAGCUGCUCAUGAUAUUUUCCACAUGCUUGGCAAGCCCCAAUAUUCACAUCUCUCUGCCUGGGUUGGCUUUUAUGAGAUCUAUCAAGGGCAGCUUUAUGAUUUGCUCAAUCAAAGGAAGCGGUUAACACCUCGCGAGGAUGGCAAUAGCAAUGUUGUUAUUGCAGGCUUGAAAGAGUUUCCGAUCAAGGACGUUGACAGGUUGAUGGAGGUCUUUGAUUUUGGUAGCCAGGCCCGUACAACAGGCAAAACGGGUGCCAACAACAACUCCUCUCGAUCACAUGCUGUCUUACAAGUGUUGCUUAAAUCAAAAGGAGACAAUACGGCAAUCCAUGGAAAGCUCAGCUUUAUUGAUCUGGCAGGAAGUGAACGAGGUGCUGAUCGAGGCGAGGCAAAUCCAAAAACCAGGAUGGAAGGUGCUGAAAUCAACAAGAGCUUGUUAGCAUUAAAGGAGUGUAUUCGUGCCCUUGAUCAAGAUAAACGACAUACGCCUUUCCGAGGAAGCAAGCUGACGCAAGUUUUACGAGACUCGUUUGUCGGCGACUCACGAACGUGUAUGAUUGCGACCAUUUCACCCAAUAACCCCAACAGUGAGCAUACCUUGAACACUUUACGAUAUGCUGAUAGAGUCAAGGAACUCAAAGGGGAAUCCGAUCCACGGUUGCUAGCUGAAACAAGAGCAGAAUCACAGGAUUUGAUGCCACAAGAUGAUAUUGCCAGCAAUGCCAAUUCGGAUGCUUUGUGGGAUGACGACCAGACUGAGAACCUUUUGGAUAUCGAUUUCCCCAGCCAAAUGAGCUCCACGGCAUUAGAGACCCCUAAAUCACACCAUCCAGCAGCUGGAAGCGGCGGCGAUGGUGACAUGCCUGAUAGGCAACGACACAUGAUGCGACGACUAUCAUCACCACCUGCAGAGGUAUUUGAGCUGGCACCCGAAGAACCGUUUCAGGAUGAGGAUACCAUCAUGACCCACCAUGAUCAACAGGACCCACCACCACAAAAACAUGAACCACAGCCCAUGGAAUUGCAACAAGAAGAAGAGGAGGAGGAGGACUCCAAUAGCAAAGAAGUUUCGGUGCAGCAGAUACGCGAUUUUAUCAGCUUGCAUCGUGCACAAAUCAAAGAGCUUGAUACUUGCAUACAACGAGAAAAGCGGAUGGUGUCCAACCUAUCAUUAGCGGUCUCCAGCCAUUAUGAUUGCAGCGAAAACAAUGGACCUGAAGAGAGCAAGGAGAGCCAUGAAAAAACUGUUUCAUUGUACCAGUCCUAUCUCAAAGAUCUUGACGACGUGCUCGAUGAAAAGUAUCAUUAUGUCGAGGCUUUAAGAGAAAAGGUCAAACGAGAAAUGAGAAUCAUGCCUGAUAGUAUAUAA